UAUUUUUUGUCGCAUAAUUAAUCUUAGAGUUAUACGGCUUAUAAUGAAUGAAAAUUGAGGAAAAAUAUGUAAGGAAAAAAAAAUUAAAAAAAAACGUUAAAAGAAAGAUAAAAAAACAAAAAAAUUUGAAGUCUUCCUCCAUUAAGGUACUUUCCAAGAAAAAAAAAAAAAAAACAAUACUCCACAUAAGAAAACUAAGAAGUAACAGAAGGGAAGCAUGGGUAAGUCUGAUCUGAAGCUUCUGGGCACAAAAGCAAGCCUCUUCCCAUAUAGAAUUGUGUGGGCACUGAAAUUGAAAGGCAUUGAAUAUGAGUUUGUAGAAGAAGAUCUGUUCAACAAGAGCCCAUUGCUUCUUCAAUCCAACCCAAUCUACAGGAACGUUCCAGUGCUCAUCCAUGGUGGAAAGCCCAUAUCUGAAUCACUUGUCAUUCUUGAAUACAUAGAUGACACAUGGAAACACAAUCCUAUCUUGCCCAAACAUCCUCAACAAAGAGCUUAUGCCCGUUUCUGGGCUAAAUUUGUAGAUGAAAAGUUUUGUGAAGCUGCAAGGCAGGCAUUUUUUUCAAGUGGAGAAGAUCAGGCAAAUGGAGUUGAAUCGAUGGAGGCGGCAUUGCGGUUUCUUGAAGGAGAGAUUGCCGGGAAAAAGUUCUUCGGAGGAGAAGAUAGCAUAGGAUUUCUUGAUAUCGUGGUCGGUUGGAUUGCAUACUGGUUCCAGCUUACGGAGGAAGUAGGUGGUUUCAAGGUAAUGGACUCGGUGAAGUAUCCUGCAUUUGCUGCAUGGAUCAAGAACUUUCUAGACGUUCCUGUUAUCAAGGAGAACCUUCCAUUGCGCGAAGAUCUACGCCGCCCCUUACAGGGGUUCAAACAGAUGGGGCUUGCCAGAGCAGAUGAUGCUAGAGGACAGAAAGAUCAAGAACUUUCUAGACAUUCCUGUUAUCAAGGAGAACCUUCCAGGGGGUUCAAACAAAUGGGGCUUGCCAGAGCAGAUGAAGCUAGAGGAUAG